AACACUUCUCAAAUAUUAUUAUAUAUAGAUAUGUAUAUAACUUUGAUUUGGAUACUCUUUGAGAAUCCAAUAAUGAAAGGGAAAGGCAUAGAGAAAGACAACUGCUUCGUAUGGUUGGUUAAGGCUCCUUUUCGUUUCUUGAUCAUGGCACGUGACGCCUAUAUACGUAGCAUUACGUCAUGCUCCCGCGCCGGAAUCCUUACCGGUGGUGGAUCCUCCGGUUUUGGUCAGCGCUCCGGAAACUUCCAAAUAUGUGAUCCGCCUAGCACCGUCCUUCCCCGGAGCUUUACCUUGACGUCAACGGCACAUGUUCAAGAGUUGGCAAUGAGACAAUCAUUGUCGUUGGAUCAUCGGAGGAACUAUAGAUGCGUUGUUGUGAUGGGAAGAAUCGAUGAGGAGAUUUCUUGUGAUGAUGAUGAGUUUCAAGAAGAAGACUCUUUUCUUGAUUAUGGUAAAUGCGAGAUUUUUACAAAAAAAAAUAGAAAAACCAUCGGUAUGACCAAAAAAUUAAGCCUUUUUUUUUUUUCAUCAAAUACCAUUUAUAUUAAGAAAUCGGAGAGUCUCCGCUAGGAAGAGCUAAUUAGGAACCGAUGUGCUUACAUGGGAAAAAAGGCUACUACG